AUGGACACUAAGAAUGCUGUUCAGACACCACCUCUGGCUCUAAAUGAUGACGAUAGCGAGAAAGAAGAGGUGAAAGUGAUUGUAAUGAAUUAUGGGAAAUGGAAAGACGCCAAGGUGCUAAGUGACGUAUUGCACUCGAAAGGUAUUAACUUUUCUAAGGUCCAGAAGACCCGACAAUUGUCAUUUGGUUUCGUGCUUUUUCAUUCCAAGGAAGAACGAGCUGAAGCGAUGCCCAAAUUGCAAGCAAUUGAAUGGAAUGGAGAGAUGUUGGAGGUGAAAGAUGCACUGCCUAAGAAGAGUAUGAAACCUAUGCUUGUAAGGCAACACCGUAAGAAAGAAGAGAAGGAGAAGGACCAGGUUGACAAGAAAGAGGAGGAAGACGUAUCGGCACGUGAUGUACGCGACGUAGUGACUCCAUGGGCUACUGUCCCGUAUCAGGAACAGCUGGAACGCAAAGAAGCAGAGAUGAAGAAGGUGCUGGUGAAGAUUAAGAAACGAAAAUUAGAGCACGAGAAACAGGAAUAUGAGACGAAAACGAAACAGGACACGGUCGUAGGGGUUUACACGGACGAUGCAAAGCCACAGUACUCGUUGGCGAUCCCCAAGUGGCUUAAUAGCCAUGGAUCACUCUUUGUAGUGGCCAACGAGGUGCUGUACUCGCGUCCACAUGAAGGAGAUGUGUACACUAAAUGGACGCGUGUGGCGGAUGCUGCAGAUGUAGUGGCGAUCAUAUCGUUUGGCAGUAACUUGGUGGGUGUCAAAAAAGACAAUAUAAUCUACGCUUUGAAGCCGAAUUUGGCGUCGACUGAUGGAUUGUCAUGGGAGAAGAUCUGCAGCGGUCCUGACGGAGUGCAAAUCACAUCGCUUUCUUCGUUGCGUGGUACAUUGCUUGGUUGCACUAGCGAAGGAAAAAUUUACAAACAGGAGGGCAUGGGUAGUUUUGCGUCUGGUGAAUGGAAGCAGCUGGGUGAAGUCCCAGGUGCUACCGUGAUUGGCCUCCACAAUGGAUUUUUGUACGCGCACAACCAGGCUUUAGAAAAAGAGAUGUCUUGGUCGCGCGCUCCGCUUGACGCAAAUGCGCUGGAGGUUUUAACUUUCGAGCCAUGCGUCGUGCCCAUGUCAAAGUCCUUCGGAAUUACGUCACACAACACGCUGAUAAUUCUCCUAACGUCAGAAGCGAUUGAGUUUGUGCAGAAUAGUGGCCACGUGAAAGCCAGCGUACCUUUGCCAGCGGAUCUGAAGGGAGGGAGUUUUACCGGAUUUGCCAGCCACAAGGGAUUAUGUUGCCCGAUGGAAUCCAUUCAUUCCUCUCCUGUGACUGAAAGCUACCGCAAUAAGUGUGAGUUUAGCUUUGGCUUCGACAACGAGGACAAGCCGUGCGUCGGUUUUCGCCUUGGUCUAUUCCGUGAGGGCUCUGUGGUUGUCAGCAAGCCUAAUGAAUGCGUGAAUGUACCAACUGAGAUGAAGGCGGUGUGCGCUGUCGUACAGAACAUUCUGGAGACGUCGGAUAUUCCCGUGUAUAGUGUCACCACGAAAACGGGUGUGUGGCGUGUGCUGACAGUCCGCCAGAGUGUCAGUACGGGUGAACUCAUGAUCAUGAUGCAGGUGAACUCAGCAGGCCAGACAUUAGAAGAGCGAGUUGCAGUCAGAGACCUGAUCGUGAAGCGGCUCACUGACGACUGCAACUCUUUCAAGGUGACUUCCAUCUACAUGCAAGAAUACAAUGGCCUGUCAACUCCUUCGGAUAACGAUCCUGUAGAGCACGUUUUUGGAAAGACCAAGCUUGAGGAACACCUGCUGGGCAUGCGGUUCUUAGUGUCUCCGAACGCCUUCUUUCAGGUUAACACGGGUGGGGCCGAGAAGUUGUAUUCUCUGGUCAAAAAGUUCGCUAACGCAGACGAGCACACGUUGCUUUAUGAUGUGUGUUGCGGUACUGGUACAAUCGGCAUUUGUGCGUCAAAAGGAGUUGGCAAGGUUGUGGGAAUUGAGAUUUGCAAGCCUGCUACUGAUGACGCCGAGGCAAACGCAAUACUGAAUGGCGUGAAGAAUGUGAGCUUUAUCAAUUCAAAGGCGGAGGAUGUGAUGAAGGAUCUGCUGCAUAAGAAGCGCGAGGAGAGUGAGAAGCACCUGAACCGCGUCGUAGCCAUCGUGGACCCGCCGCGAGCUGGUCUCCACCACCAAGUGCUGCGUGCACUUCGUGCGUGCCCACCGGUGGAGCGUAUCGUGUAUGUAUCUUGCAAUCCGACUGUCUCGCUAGUGCGAGACGCUGUAACGCUAUGUGGUCCCAGCACCAAAUCUCUCCAGGGUCGGGCCUUUGAGCCUGUGCAUGCCGUCCCGGUUGAUAUGUUCCCCCACACACCGCACUGCGAGAUGAUCAUUGUGUUCGAUCGCGUUAAAGCUGAGUAG